CUCUUGACAUCAUUUCAUCCAUCAGAGGUUAAAAAAAAAAGCCACCCACCCAGUGUGUAAGCAGAACCCUCCUCAUCUCCACAGCCGUGCCUGCUCUCAGGCUGCGGAGGAGAGAAGAAUGGAAACAGGGGCGCAGGAGGGAAGAAGACGUGUCCUUCUCUUGCGGUCCUUCCUCCCCGCAGCCUGGGAAUUCGCUUCGGGGUGAGGUGCUCGCUCGGGGGCUGGAGGUCAUCCCUGACCUUGAGCUCGCUCGCUCGCUCGCUCGCUCGCUCGCUCACUCCCUCUCCGUGUGAAACUUAUCAGUGAGUCUCGCCACUCGCAGACGCGAGAAGGGGGCGGGGGGGAAGGAGGCUGCCGUGACGGGACGGGACGGGACUGGAGACGCUCUCCCCGCGGCUGCUGCUGAGUGUUUCUUGUCCCCGUUAUUUCUGUUCCAUGGGAUGGACCCCGCACGCACGUUGUGUCUGACCUGAUGCGGACUGAAGGGUGUUUAAUAUGAACUCCUCCUCUCUUUUUGGAAUCUGGCUUUCUGUUCCUCUGAUCUUAUCCUGGGUAACCCCACAAGUCAGCUCUUCAUGGUGAUCAUUCCGGCUUUGACAACCUGGAAAAAGCCAAAUUCUUGCUCGAAAGAGUGAUCGGAUGUUGGUUUAUUUGGAUCCAGGAUACAGGCAGCAAAAUGAGUCAAAUUCACAUCCUGUGGGGAGAAAGACUAACCGAAUCUCUGGCACAUACGUGUGUGUCUGUGUGCAUCUCUCUGUGUACAUGAGAGCUGUGGGCUCCUCAAGGGUCAUGUGUGACAAUGUGCCGGGCCUGGUCAGCCGUCAACGUCAGCUGUGCCACCGGCACCCAGAGGUGAUGCGCUCCAUCGGCCUGGGUGUGGCAGAGUGGACUGCAGAGUGUCAGCACCAGUUUCGACAGCAUCGUUGGAAUUGCCAUACCCUCGAUAGAGACCACAAUCUCUUUGGCAAGGUCUUGCUCCGAAGUAGUCGAGAGGCCGCCUUUGUGUAUGCCAUCUCCUCCGCCGGAGUCGUAUAUGCCAUCACCAGGGCCUGUAGCCAGGGAGAAUUAAAAUCUUGCUCCUGUGACCCUAAGAAGAAAGGAACUUCCAAAGAUAGCAAAGGCACUUUUGAUUGGGGUGGAUGCAGUGAUAACAUUGACUAUGGCAUCAAAUUUGCCCGAGCAUUUGUGGAUGCCAAGGAAAGGAAAGGAAAAGAUGCCCGAGCACUGAUGAACCUUCACAACAACAGAGCCGGAAGGAAGGCUGUGAAGCGGUUCUUGAAACAAGAAUGCAAAUGCCACGGGGUGAGUGGAUCCUGCACCCUGAGGACCUGCUGGCUCGCCAUGGCUGACUUUAGAAAGACGGGAGAUUAUCUUUGGAAGAAGUACAAUGGGGCCAUCCAGGUGGUCAUGAAUCAAGAUGGCACUGGUUUCACUGUGGCUAACAAGAGAUUUAAGAAACCAACCAAAAAUGACCUGGUCUAUUUUGAGAACUCUCCAGACUACUGUAUCAGGGACCGAGAUGCGGGUUCCCUGGGUACCGCAGGUCGUGUGUGCAACCUGACUUCCCGUGGCAUGGACAGCUGUGAAGUUAUGUGCUGUGGAAGGGGCUAUGACACAUCCAGGGUCACCCGAAUGACCAAAUGCGAGUGUAAGUUCCAUUGGUGCUGUGCUGUGCGCUGUCAGGACUGUUUGGAGGUGGUGGAUGUGCACACGUGCAAAGCCCCAAAGAGUCCCGACUGGGUGGCACCCACGUGACCCACGCAUCAACCAGCAGCCUUUUCUCCCCUGGGACUUAAUCUGAUCUGCAGAGACACUGGACUUUGGGUUUCCCCUCCAGGGGGGCAUGUUUCUCAAAGUGCAUGGCCGGCACUUUGACUCACCAGAAGCCACCUCUCCCUUCCUGGGUGCUCCAGGACUGUUUAGUGCAUAUAAGUUAUAUCCUAUUCGAUUUACAUUAUUGGGUUGUAACACUUCCCUGUGACAUAGCUAUGGAAUAUCAUGAGGUCUUUUGUAUUAUUGGGAGGGACUUUUUUGUAUGUGGGGAGGUGGGGAGGUGGGGGAGAAGAGAUAGAGCUUGGCUUUGCUCUAUCCAAACUUCCCACACAAAGUUCACAAAGAAAGGUGUUCAAGUGACAUUUCUCUGUUUUUCAACCAAAUGCUAACAGCUAAGUGAUCUAUGAGAAUUUCAUACAACUUCCACUAAAGUAUCUCAUAGUCCCUAGAAGGACCGUGACAAGGUUUUUUACUUUGUUGUUCUUGGUUGAUCAAGAGAUUUAAAAAGAUGCCGGUAUCAUCUGGUAAAUGGUAACUGACAUGGUUUAAAAACACCACAAAUUUGAAAUGUAUGCUUUCCCAAGGCCGUUUGAAUUCAGCAGGAAGUAAUAAGAUGGGGGAAAACCUCAUGCUGGGUAAUAUUUUAAUUCCCUACUAUAACAUACCUUAGGGGGGGAAAUGAACAUUUUAUCUUCUAUGGAAAGAUGCUGAAAUUCCUGGGACAUGAAAAACUCAUUUGGAGAGGGACUUCUUUCUUUCCCAAUAAAUAUAUACAUAAGACCUGAAAACAAUUAAGAGCAAUGUUUUCUGCUUCUCAGGUAAGGUAAUUACAGAAGACAAGAAUUUUAUGAUUGAGCACCUGAUAAUGCUUCUAUACAGAUGAGCCAGAAAAAUGGGAAUUGAAUUCCUGUUUGGUGUUUGCUAUGUGAAUCAUGGAGUCUUAUAACUGGAACAAUUUGAUAAUGAUCACUUAUGGGAUGACAGGGCCAGGAAUAAAAAUACUGAUGACAAGGUUUCCAUAGCUAACCCAAUAACUGCAGAAGGCUGAGUACAAACAGAUUGCAGAAGGGUGGCCCAAAUGGUGUUAGGAGUGCCUCAGAGGACCAACAGUACUAAAAGUACAGUUUUAACACCCAUUGCAUUUAAUUUUAAUCAUGCUUUUUGAUGAUUAGAAGGUGAUAUGGCCCUGACCUAAGGCAAAUGACACAUAGCCUUGCAUAUAAACUCCAUAAUCAUAAUGUAUUAUAUUGCAAAGAUAUGAGCUUUGAGAACUAUAUUAAAGUGGCUCAGCUGUAAUUAUGGGAAUAUUAAUAUGCAAAUUGUGAUCUCCUUCUGCUUUGAGCUAAAAAAUGUCAUCUGCAGAAGAUGACAAAACUGUUAAGCUAAAUGAAUGAGAAGUGAAAUGGGUGAAAAUUUUCUUCAUUACCUCUGGCUAUUAGAAUUUUGUUCUAAGCUUAAUCUCCCAUGCAGAAAAUUAAUUCUAGCACUAUACUAUCAAUAUGCACACUGCAAGAAUUUUAAGAAAUCAUUAAUUUAAUAAGAAUAGGUAUUCUCUCCAGUUACCUCUUAAGGCAGUCUGUUCAAACUCUUCUUCUUUCUUGACCUCUCCAAUCCAAUAAACAUUUAUUAAUUACCUACUAUGUGCCAAGCACUGGGGACACAAUUAAUAAAAAGACAGUCUUUGCCCUCAAGGAGCUUACAAUUUAAACAGGGAAGUCAACACACAAAAGGAGGCAGGGAAGGGUGGGGGAUGAGACACCAGGAGGUACCCAGCAUGGAGCAUCUUGUUCCAUGGAAUUGAAACCAGGCAGGGCAAUAGAUGCAAAGUGACACGCUCUCGAGCAUUGGACGCGGUUGACCAUUCCCUUCUCCUGGAUACUCUUUCUUCUUUGGGUUUUCAUGACACAUGUCUUCUGGUUCUACACCUAUAUCUGUCUGACUGUUCCUCCUCAUUAUCCUUUGUCAGAUCACGAUCCAAAUCCCACCAUCCAAAUGUGGAUGGACUCAAAGGUUCUAUCCUGGGACUGUCUUUUAUUCUUCAACAGUUCCCAUGAGUUCAGAUAUUAACUCUGUCCAUAUGACUUACAUCUAUAUUAUCAGUCCUAGACUCUCUCCUGAGCUCCAUUAUCUCAUCACCAUCUGCCUAUGGGAUAUUUCAAAAGGGGUGUCCUCUAGGCAUUAAACAACAUAUCUAAAGUAGAAGCCAUCAUCUUUCUCCAAAAUUCCACCCCUUUUUUCUAACGUUUCUAUUUCCGUUGAGAGCACCAACAUCCUUCUAGUUACUUGGGUUCACAAUCUGGUAUCAUUCUUGACUCUUUCUUAUCCCUCAUCCCCUAUACCCAAUCAGUCACCAAGUAUGGUUGAUAUAACCUCCACAAUAUUUCUUAUGCUAAUAUCCUUUUUUUCUCUACUCAUAUGGCCGCCACCCUGGUUUAGACACUAGUCACUCCUCUUCUGAAUUAUUACAGUAGCCUCUAAAUUGGCCUUCCUGCCUCCAGUUUCCCACCUCUCUAAUCUAUCCUCCUGUCAAAUUGGUCUACCUAGAGCACAGAACUCCCAUGAACAAGAAAAUGCAGUGGUUCCUCUUACUUUGGAGAUAAAAUACAAGUUCCUUUAUUUAGCAUGUAAAGCACUUCACAAUCUGGCUUCUUUUCUAGACUUGCUGCACAUUACUAUACCUCACAUACUUGAUGUUCCUCCCAAACUGUCCUCCUUACUCUUUCCCACAUAGGACUUUGCACCUCCCAUCUCCGUGCUUUUGCACAGGCCUUUCCCAUAGCAAGAAUGCACUUUCUCCUCCCAUCUCCCUCUUAGAAUCCCUAGUUUUCUUCAAGGCUCAGCUCAAGUACAACCUUCCUUCAUGGGGUCUGUCCUGAGCCCUGCAUUUGCUAGUGUCCUUUCCCCCAAGAAAUUAUUUAUAUUUUGUUUGCAUGUAUUUUGUAUUUCCUUACUUAUUUCCAUGUUGCCUUUUCCUCAAUAGAAAGCUAGCUCCUUAAGGGCAGAGAGUGUUUUUGUCUUUGCAUCCCCAGCAGCUAUCACAGUGCCUGGUACACAAUCAGCUCUCAAUAAAUGCUUAUUGAAUGAAUGAAUUGAUGAAGGGAGCAAUUCCUCUAUAUCCUGCUAGAUGAUCUUUAUGAGUUUCUGUGGACAAAAGCAAUUAAUCACUUGGUAGCUAACUUUCCAAGGAUAAGCCUGGACAGACUUAGGCUAAACAUCAUUAUCAUUGUAUCCGUACUGCAAACCUUUCAAGCUUGGUAGGGCCUUGCAAAACUUGUGCAUCAUUGACAUAGUAUUAGGUAAUCCAGAUUCAUCUUUGUCACGAUAAAGCAUUAGGAUGGAGUUUAAGAGGAGGAGCUAUAAAUACAUCUCUUUUCCAUUACCCUGCUGCCAGUGUUUGACACUUUCUUCUUAUUCUUUGACGCUUUGGUAUUUGACCUCUCCUCUUUCCUACUUUACAGCAAUUUCAGGGGAUCACCAAAAAUAAGUAAUUCCAGAAGCUUAAUAAAUUCUCAUCGAUAAGGACUUUGCCAUUACUGUGUUGAGUUGGCACUUUCUGGCAUUCUUGAAAAUGGCAGGAUUGAGCUCUGGGUAUGACAGUGUACACCUGUCAUUCCUGAUCCCAAGGAAACUGACACUAUAAGAUCUCUUGGGCUGUAGGAGUUUGAGUUGCAGUGGGCUAGACUGAUUGGGUGUCCUCAAUAAGUAUGGCAUUAAUUUGAUGAAUCCUUGGGGGCAGAGGAAUGCCAGGUUGCCUAAGGAAUAGUGAAAUGGCCCCAAUCCAAAAUGGAAGAAGUCAGAGUUCUUAUUUCAGUGAAAGUAGAAGCAGACAUCUGAGUCCAAUGUGAGAUUUUAUACUUCCAAAUUGAGUGGGAGGAAGAAAAGGAUGAAGAAGGAAAAGGAGGAGAAGGAAGAAAAAAACGAUGAUGGCAGCAGAAUUAAAGAAAAUCUAGGUUGGCCAUUUCAGAAGUGUUCAUUUUUGCAUGCAUUAAGCAGAAAGUGGGCAUGUUGUCUUGAGAUAGCCUCCCUGAGCUAAACAUGGGCAUUCCAUGGACUACACAGAUAGCACAAGGGCAGUGUGACUGGGCCAAUAGAGAGUUGUCACUUAGCCCCUGUGGAUUUCCUUAAGGUUUGACAGAUAGGUGAGCCACUGAUAAUGAAUUAAUAUACUAACAACUCAUCUUCAGAAUUAAGGAUUUCACUGAAUUGAAAGUUCAUUGGCUGAAAGAUCUUUAUAGCUGAAAUAGACCUUGUCUUAGUGCAAAAUCCUUUAUUUUCCUAAAAACAACAGCAGCACCAGCAACAAUAAUAACAAAACCCCAGAAGGUCCUGAAAGAACAUGAUCUAGCUCUCUAGACAAAUUUUUUCCCCAGUAAAAUUUCUCUAUCACUUCACUUCUUUUUUUUACCUUACUUCAUUCUAAGGAUCAAUAAGCUCUAAGAAUGACUCACUGUUCAGAUUAAUCACCUUAAUAUCUUGGCCUCUUUAGAAAAAUGCCUUUCUUUAAAAAAUGGUCUUAUUAGAGGCUACAUAAUUUUAGAGCCCAAUAAGGAUCUAUCAGAAUUAUUGUUUUUAGUCUUACAAAUCUUCAUCCCAAAGGAUUCAACAGAAAUCCUUUAAGUUCUGAAGAGUUGCCUUUUAUUUCCACUAAAAUGUUUAGUUCCUGGGGGAAGUGCCCAGCUCUUCUGGUCCAUAAAAUUGUAUAUAAUAUUGGUAAAUAGGUAAGAAUAAGAUCAUCCAUGACCUAAAUAACAAGGAGACUUAGAGACAGAAUAAAAUUUGCUAAAAUAAAAAACUUUAAGGCAAUCUCUUAAAGCUGUCUCCAUGAAAUAUCUCAUUUGAGUUAUAGACACCCAAAGUAAUACAGUUUAGAGUUGGAAUCAAUCAAUAAAAGAGCAUUUUAAAGUGCCUACUGUGUGCCAUAUAAUGUGCUAGAAGGAAUGUUGGUGGCCCAACCACUACAACCAGUAGUCAUUCAGCCCCUCCAUGAAAACUGCCAUUAAGAGAGAAUGUAACACAUCUCUAAGGUAGCCCAUUCCACUUCUGGAGAGCUCUGACUGUAGGUACAAUCUUCCUGAUAUAAACCCUAAAUUUAACUCUUCACAACUUCUCACCAAUCAUUCCUGUAUCCACCCUUGGGAUUCCGAUAGGACCUCUCUUCCACAUGACAUCCCUUCAAAUGCUUUAACACAGGUCUCUUUCAAAACUGGCUUUUCUUCAGAUGAAACACCACUAGGUCCUUAUAUCCCAUCUCAUCCUGGUUGCUCCCCUCUGGACAUUCUCCAUUCUUCUGAAAUUAUGAUACCUAGAACUGAACACAGCCCUUCAGAUGUGAUUUGACUAGGGAAGAAUUUAGAGGGACUCUGACCUCCUCAUUAUUGAAUGCUAUGCCUCUCUGAACCCAACCCAAGAUCACAAUAGGCCCCUUGGCUGCCAUAUAACACUGCACCUUGAUAUUUUUUACUCAGUCUGAUAUCCUAAUAGGUGUCCCUCAUUCUGUACUUGUGAAGUUGAUUUUUUAAAACUGUGUAUGACUUUGCAUUUAUCCUUAUUGAAUUUAUUCAUAUUAAAUCUAGACUAAUGUUCUAACUGCGUGAAGAUCUUUUGGGAUCCUGGAUCUCUCAUCUAAUAUGUUAGCUCUGCCUUCUAAGUCAUCUUUAUCCCACUGACCCCAAGCAACCUUCUGUCUCUUUUUUUGUCCUCCUUUUCCUCUUUAUGGAGUUAAAAAAAAAUAUUGUCCAUGGCAUCUCUUGCCAAUCUUCAUUCUGAGAUUUAGCACUUUUGGUACCAUUUUUAUAAGACCAUGCCAUGCUCCCUUACCUAUUUUUGAUUCUAUCUUCCAUACCUAUCCCUUUUAAAUCCUCAUUAGAAUUAUUUCCCUUUAUGUUAUCAAAACUUCAUUUCUGAGAGCUUUGCAUCACUCAGAAUGACUUCCCAUGGAUCUAUACUUCCUUGGAACCCUUUGAAAUCUGCUUUCUCAAGAUCUCAGGUACAUGUAAGGCUAUGGUUCUAUGUCCUGUAUCACAUACUAUUGGAGAAAGAGAUCAUUUUCCCCCAAGUUUCCCAUGAUUUCCACCCCCAUAAUCAGUUCCUCCCUUUUAAUGAGAGUACAUUCAAUAUAGAGUUUCCUGUUGUUGGUUCCUUUACCAUUUGAAAGAUAAAAUUAUUAUUAAGAUAAAUCAAGAGGUCAUUAAUUACUUUGCUUUUGGCAGUAAAAAGAAUCUUGGCAGAUGUCUGGAUAAAUGAAGGACCUCAUAACUUCCACAUCAUGCAUUUGUUCCAGGUUUGUGAUAUGUUUCCCAGUCUCCUCAUCAAUUUCCUUGGUGUGGGUAGUCAAUAGUAUCCUCUGAUGACAAAAUCACUUCUGAUUCUCCUUUCAUUGACCUUCCUCAAAUGCUCUCUACCAUAGUUCCUUUCUCUUGUUCCUUAUAAAUAUAACUAGCCUCCAUCCCAAUCUUUAUUCUAUUUCUCUUGAAUAAAAUAUACCCAUCUGGAGCCAUAUUUCCAUCAUGGGCUUCUUCCCAUCAUGUCUCCAUGAUACCAAUGAGGUCAGAUUUGCCUUCUUGCAUUAUAACUUAUAGUUCCUCUUUCAUGUUGCCUAAACUUUGGACAUUUGUAUGUAGUUAUUUGAGCCUGUGGAUUUUACCAUAGGAUCUUUUCUUGGAUUUUGUCUCCUGUUUACUUCUUAAUGUCUCAACUGUUAUUCUUUGUUCACUGUAGCUACCUCAUAUGGUAUCUAGAAAUAUAGAUACCAUGAAUAGAUAUAGGUAGUUUUUCCCCCGCUCCCAUCCUGUUUAGUUUAAAGUACUUUGGGUUAAAUUAGCAAGACAGCCCGCAGAUACAUUCUUAUUGGCCUUUGCUAGGUGUACUCUAUCCCUGGCCAAGAAUCUGCCAUCUCUGUAUUUUAUGCUAUGGGCUCACAACCUUUGAGGUAGCUGGGACAAGAAUUAUUAUCCCCAUUUUAUACAGGGGGAAUAUCAGACCCUGAGACAUGGAGUUACUUGCCUGUGGAUGCAUAAUAAAUCGAGGGAAGCUUUGAAUCUAUAGCCAGGGUAUCAAACCUCAUUCCUUCUACUGAGUUAAGAACAUCUCUUGAGGGCUUAAGUUUCUAGUUCCUGAAUCCUAGAAGGCGCUAGCAGGAAGAAGGCUGAUAACCUAUAGGAAACACACAGUUUCAACUAUGAAUCAGUGAGAUUCCAAGUUGUUAUCUUCUAAUUGCUGAGAAAGGGGGUUCUACUCCCCAAAUCUUUCUGUGUCUUCACAAUACUAAGAAAACCAGAGAAUGGAGUCUUUUUUAUACCAAAUUCUUUACAUAUUGGAGGAGAACAUGGGAAAAUCACCUCUAUAUCAGGAAACAGGUUGUAGACAAGGGCAGGCAGGGAUUAUUUUGAACUCCUGAUUUAGAGCCUAGUAUAUUUGGGAUGUGGCUCAGGCAACUCCCUAGGAUUUAUCUACUAAGUCAGAGAUUUAGUGGAGGGAGUUCCCCACCCAUGCUGGGUGAAAUCAUAGCUCCUUCCUGUAUUCCUGUGAUAAUAGCUGACAUUUCUGUAGCAUGGUUUUAAAGUUUGCGAAUGUACUUUACAGGCAUUCUUUCACUUAAACUUCACAACAACCCAGUGAGCUAGGCAUUACAGUUUUAUUUUUCCACUUUACAGAUGAGGAGUCUGGAAUUCAGAAAGGUUAAGUGACUUCCUUUGGGGCCAGCUACCCAAAGUUAUCCAGCUUAGUCAAUGGCAGAAAUGAGAUUCACACCCGAGCUUUCCAAACUUCAGAAUUCUAUCAGUAAUACUAUGCUGCCUUCUAUGCCCCUGAAAUGGGAGGAAGAAGGGAAGGAAAUAAACAUUUAUAUAGUGAGUGCUAUGUGCCAAGUGCUUUACAAUUAUUAUCUCAUUUGA